CCCCAACGCGCCGCCCAUUGCCUCCUCCCUCUCUCAAUCCCGCGUUCUCAACACGCCUGAGAAGCUGUGGCAUCGGCCAUGAGCUCUGUUCGCUCAAGAGGCUCUGCUGAUGUUCGACCGUGGGCGCGCCAUGGCCCCAUCAACAUCGCCCGGCUCGCCCUCAUCUACGGCCUCGCGCCUGUGGUGAAGGCCAUCCCCCUCUUCCACAAAGGCGCCAUUCACACCCUCGCCGAUGAGGACGCGCCCAAAUCGCCCGCCGACGCGAGCCUGUGGCUGUACCUGGGCAUCGCCAUUGCCCUCGUCUUCGGCGGAGGUGUGUUCGCCGGCCUGACCAUCGCCUUGAUGGGCCAGGAUGAGAUCUACCUCCAAGUCAUCGCGUCGUCCGGCGAAGGCUCGGAGCGAAAGAACGCAGCCAGGGUGUUGCGCCUGCUCAAGAGAGGAAAACACUGGGUUCUGGUGACACUGCUGUUGAGCAACGUCAUCACCAACGAAACGCUGCCCAUCGUGCUCGAUAGGUCGCUCGGUGGAGGCUGGCCUGCCGUCCUGAGCUCUACCGUCUUGAUCGUCAUCUUCGGAGAGGUCGUUCCCCAGUCCAUCUGCGUCCGCUAUGGCUUGCCCAUUGGCGCCUGGAUGGCGCCCGUUGUCCUCGCUCUCAUGUACGUCAUGGCACCUGUUGCUUGGCCCACAGCGAAACUCCUAGACUAUCUUCUCGGAGAAGAUCAUGGGACCACGUACAAGAAAGCUGGUCUGAAGACGCUUGUCACGCUCCACAAGACGCUCGGUACCAGUCCGGACGAUCGCCUCAACGAAGAUGAGGUCACCAUCAUUUCUGCCGUGUUGGAUCUGAAGGCCAAGGCUGUUGGAAGCAUUAUGACGCCCAUGGAUGAUGUUUUCACCAUGUCGUCUGAUACCGUGCUCGACGAGAAAAUGAUGGAGAACAUACUGUCCGCUGGCUACUCGCGCAUUCCGAUCCACACGCCCGAGAACCCAGAUAACUUCGUGGGCAUGCUUCUUGUCAAGAUGCUCAUCACGUACGAUCCCGAGGACGCCCUACGCGUACGCGAUUUUGCUUUGGCUACCCUCCCUGAAACCCGCCCGGAGACUAGCUGCUUGGACAUCAUCAACUUCUUUCAGGAAGGUAAAUCCCACAUGGUCUUGGUCUCUGACUUCCCUGGCGACUCCUAUGGCGCUGUUGGUGUGGUAACACUCGAAGACGUCAUCGAGGAGCUCAUCGGUGAAGAGAUUAUCGACGAGUCGGAUGUCUUCGUCGAUGUUCAUAAGGCCAUUCGUCGGAUCCACCCCGCUCCCCGCACGCGCGUGCCAAAAGGCGAAAUUCUCGCCGAUCCUUCUCAAAAGCAUACUGAGGCGGUCAAGGACGGAGAGCUCCAAGUAGAACAGCCCGAUGGUGGCUCGGCGAAGAGGUUAUCUCUCCAGGAGAGCACCGCUCCCAAGGCUACGACUUUCCUUCUGCGCCGCAGGAGCAGUGAGGCAGCUAGUCAAUCUUUAGACCGAGCGACAACUCGAGGCAUCCGUAGCGACGACCCCGACAUUCGACAGCAUCUCAAGCAUCUCGGCCCUUCGAACGUUGCCAGUCGUCCCAAGGCAACCCGCAUUGGCACAGUCAAGAUCAAGCAGGCUGUCAAUAAUGGCAUUCCCAAUACUAUACCUGAGCACCAUAGGCCUACCAGUCCGGUAAUCAGUGUGAAAUCUGCGCAUGCGCCUCAAGGAGGCGUUGGAGAGGGAUUGUUGGAAUCGGCAGGACGAGAAGCCAGCGACGGAGUACACAGCCUUGCCGUGGGUUACGGAACCAUGGCCGCUGAACGUCUGUCUUGGAAGGACGAUCAGCACAGAUCAAAUCCAGCCGAUGACGAGCCACCAACCUCGCCGAAAUCCCACCAGGCGAAUGGGAAUUCGAAGGUUGCUGUGGGCAGCAACGGAUCUCCCGAGGAGAACCGUAGCCGCUCCAAACAGCGAUCGCAGUCCGUUAGCACGGUAGCAUCGCUCCGCCGAUCACCGUCCCCCUCGCGCAGUCCUCCGAAGAAGCGACACACGGCUCGCAGUGGUAGUAUCUCUGAGAACAUCGUGGAAGCCAACGGCGUGAGGAAGAUUGUAUUGGAGACCACGAGUUCGAGUGACUCUGAGACUGUCCUUGCACAGACUGACGGUGCUCAAGAUCAGAAGGAGAACACAAACACCGACACAGAGAGCACCCAGAACGACUCGCACGGUGCAGGCAAUAGCAAGAAAAAGCGCAAGAAGCGAGGUAAGAAGAAGAAGGGUGGUGCAGGUGGGAACGGAGAGAAUCAGCCGCUGCUUGGUGGCCAUAGCUGAUGUACAAUAUGAUGUUAAAUCCGUAUAGGUGGAGUUCCGAAAAUGUGCGUGCACUGGAAGGCAACGGUACUCGACGACCGGCGAAGAGAGGCAGCAUCAGAAGGUCAAGGCACAGCGGGGGAAAAUCGAGGGGCGGACUAAUACUUUGUACAUUAUGUUACGUGGAGUACUGCCUCCUUGGGUACGAGAUGGUCUUGCAGCUCUUAUUCCCGACGUCUCGCUAGGAACUGGAAACUGGAAACGAAAAGCAGGUGCUAAUAUUUCUCCAUUAUCAAUCAAUGAAGCGGCAU